AUGGUCCCCAACAUCAAACGCAAAAUCGAAGAUGAGUUUAUUCUUACCCUCUCAGACAAGGAAAGUGAGCUAUCUGAGCAGGAGACCUCGAACCCGCACCCGCCCACUAAGAAACACAGAACCAACGAUACCUCGAAAUCUAAAAAAUGUCGCGAUCCAAAAAAGCCAAAAAAGCUAAGCCACGCUUCUCAGGCUGAAGAAAAUGAAGGGGUAUGGGGACUCAAGGAUGAAGACGAUGGUGCUAUGGAUUCUGAAUUUGAAUUCCAGCUAGAAGACGGGAUAAAGGGUGGGUUAGACGAUUUCAAGGAGUGGGGAUUUGAGCAUGUACAAAAAAGCCUCAAUAUCAAUGGCAAUGCCUCUGACAAACGAACGGUUGAUAUUGAUGAUAUAAUUUCGAGGCGAAGAGAAAAAAACCAGGUCAAAGGAGUGCCGCUUGUGGAGAAUGUCUCUGAGGAUGAUACAGCUAAAGAAGAGACAAUAGAACCAGGGGAAGAGUACGAGCUACUAAACGAAGAUGGCUUUGGGAUGGGCGUCGGAUCCGACGUAGAAGAAUCUGCCGAUGAGAUGGAAUCUGAGUCACAGAGCGAUAAUGAUGGUGAUGAUAGCUCGGAAGAACUUGAGCGAGAAUCGGAAGCUAGUCCUGCACCACACCCAGAUGAUCUAGAUCCUGAAGAGGAAAGUUCAAACGAAAAUGAUGAGAAUGCAGAGGAGGCUGCACGGAGAAAAGCAUUUUUUGCACCAGAAGAAGUUCCUACAAACGACGCAAAAACUGCGCCUGAAACAAUGACAUUUCAGAGUAUGUCGUUAUCCCGACCUAUCCUUCGGGGUCUCUCAGCCGUUGGAUUCACGAAGCCAACUCCAAUUCAAGCAAAGUCAAUCCCGGUUGCCUUAUUAGGAAAAGAUAUUGUUGGUGGAGCUGUAACGGGGUCAGGAAAAACUGCAGCCUUCAUCGUACCGAUCCUGGAGCGUCUUCUAUAUCGACCAAAAAAGGUACCCACAAGUAGAGUAGCUAUUCUUAUGCCGACCCGUGAAUUGGCAAUACAGUGUCACGCCGUGGCUGUGAAGAUUGCAAGUUUUACCGAUAUAAAAUUUUGUCUAGCAGUCGGAGGUCUCAGUCUUAAGGCUCAAGAAAAAGAGCUUCGGCUCCGUCCAGACGUUAUAAUUGCCACACCCGGUCGAUUCAUUGACCACAUGCGAAAUUCUGUGAGCUUUACGGUUGAUACAUUAGAAAUAUUAGUCCUUGACGAAGCUGAUCGAAUGUUAGAAGCUGGAUUCGCUGAUGAGCUAGACGAAAUAGUUAAGACAAUUCCGAAAUCUAGACAGACCAUGCUAUUCUCCGCAACAAUGAAUUCAUCUGUUGAUCAUCUUAUUCGAAUCGGUCUCCAAAGACCUGUUAGACUACUAGUAGAUUCACAGAAACAGACAGUGAAAACGCUGGUUCAAGAAUUUAUCCGCAUUCGGCCAGGAAGGGAAUGUAAAAGGAUGGGAUAUCUGCUCUACUUGUGUAAAAAUGUAUACGUUGAUCGAACAAUUAUUUUCUUUCGACAGAAGAAAGAGGCACAUCGAGUAAGAAUAAUCUUCGGUCUAUCUGGGUUGAAGGCUUCCGAGCUUCAUGGUAGCAUGAGCCAAGAACAGCGUAUCAUAAGUGUCGAGUCAUUCCGAAAUGGAAAGGUAUCUUUUCUUCUAGCUACCGAUCUUGCUUCUCGAGGUCUUGAUAUAAAAGGCGUUGAUACCGUUAUUAAUUAUGAAGCGCCCCAGUCACAUGAAAUAUACCUCCAUCGUGUCGGUCGUACUGCGCGUGCUGGUCGUCAAGGUAGGGCAUGUACUCUAGCCGCCGAAACCGAUCGUAAAGUUGUUAAAGCAGCGGUCAAAACCGGCCGCACUCAAGGUGCCAAGAUUGUCAGUCGAGUAAUAGAUGCGAGCGAGGCUGAUAUAUGGGCUAAAAAAGUUGAUGAUAUGAAAGAUGAGAUAGAUGAAAUAUUAAUAGAUGAGAAAGAAGAGAAGCAGCUCGCCCAGGUUGAAAUGCAGGUUCGAAAGGGUGAAAAUAUUAUCUUACAUCAAGAUGAAAUUCAGGGACGGCCCAAACGGACGUGGUUUGAAAGCGAGCAGGAAAAAAUGGCAGCUAAACGAGCUGGCAAACUAGAAUUGAAUAAAACAUCAGAAAUAACUGGUAAGAAAAGUGGCAAGCUGAGUAACAAGAAAAAGAAGUUACUGGAUGAUCGAGAUGUAAGACAGGAGGGCAAAGUAUGGAAAAAAGGCAAGGCAGAGAGGGAAGGCAAAGUUGGAAAAAAGAGACCGGAAGGAAAGCCCAUGAAAAAAAGUAAGAAACGCUAG